CGCCCGCCGGCCGCGAGCGCGCGGGGCGGAAGCGGCCACAGUGUUUGCGGUGUUUACAGCCGCGCGGGUGGCGGGCCGGGACCAGGCGGCUCGGGGAGGCCGCGGGAGAGGCGCCCAUGUGCCCGCAGCCGCCCAUGGAGGUGAUGGAGGGGCCCCUCAACCUGGCUCAUCAGCAGAGCAGAAAAGCUGACCGCUCACUGGCAGUAGGAAAGUAUGAAGAAGCAAUUUCUUGUCACAAAAAAGCAGCAGCAUAUCUUUCGGAGGCCAUGAAGCUGACACAAUCGGAUCAGGCUCAGUUAUCAUUGCAAUUGCAAAAGGAAAGCCACCUGAAACAGAUACUGCUUAUCCAAGAGCGCUGGAAAAGAGCAAAAAGAGAAGAAAGACUAAAAAUACAACAGGCUAUGGACAGGGAUGGUGUUACACACCCGCAACCUUCUUCUAAACCAUCAAUUGAGGAAUCUGAUGACCAAAGUGUAGCCGCUCCUGCUAGUCUCAAGUAUAGCCCUUCUCCAGAGAAGGACUUGCAAGCAAAGCUUGGUGUCUUGGAUAGGGACCCGGAUACACUAUUGUUUUUGCUUCAGAAAAGAAAGGAACCACAGGAAGUGUGCGUGAGAAAUAGAACCCCAAAGGAUGACAAAACUAAAAUGGAAGAGCAGGCUACCAAAAUCGCACUUCUGGAACGGCAUGUGGAAGUUCUCUUAGUGGAAAACGAGCGAUUGAGGCAGGAGAACAAGCAGCUCAAAGCCGAGAGAGCGAGCCUCCUCAAGUCUCCUCUAGAAAAGGAGCUGGAUGUGGAUGCUGACUUCGUAGAGAAGUCAGAGCUCUGGGGUCUGCAGCAGCCCUCAGAAACAACUGCCGCUGCCUCGGCCUCCUCUUGGCAGAAAUUCACCUCGAGUGCAGGGAAGGCCAAAGAUAUUCCCAUCCCCAGUCUUCCCCCGCUGGACAUUCCAUCCCCUGAACUUCCGCUCCUGGAGCUCUCAGAGGACAUCCUGAAGGGACUCAUGAAUAGCUAAGCGGAGACCACAAUGUUUAUUCACCUGUCAUUCAGCAAGAUCCAAAAAAGGGAAGGCCAAUACAGCUGGGACCCAAGAGCAAAAACAUCAACCUUCAACGCUAGCGAGGGAGGAGAUCUUGGUGACUUUGUCACUGUGAAAAAUAUGCAUGAUAUUGUUUGGAACAGAAACUUUUACCAUUGUUGGUAAAAGCUAAGCGCUCUUUUCUCCCCCUUAAGCCAAAAGGACUGGGGGGAGCUACACAUAAUACAGUCUUUCAGGGUAUAUGAUCUGUAACAAUUUCUCUCUAAUGCCAUAAAAUAAUGCAAAGCCAACAUGAUGUGGGCCAGAAGGGGACAAUUUGGGUAGUGGAAGACAUUUUUCUAUUGUGCAUUUGAUUGCCUUUUGAAUUAAUUAUGCACAAAACCAGUGAACAUAUUAGAAGUUAUUGCAGGCUGGAUCUAUGUGCCACACUUCUGCACUCCUGACCUAACAUGUAAUGUCAGCCAAUCAGGAGAGAUGCUAAAUUUCCAUUUUUGAGGAACCAAAUCCAGUUCUUUUGAAAAAUGUUGAUUUGUUUACAUAAUCAGGGUGCUUCAUAAUGUGUGUUUUCUGUAUAUGAAAUUACUAGGCAUUGUUUUAAGCAAAUACACAAGGAAGAACAAUCCUUGGUGCAUGAAUGGAAGUAAUGAUAGUUGACAGGAAAUAAAACGUUUCAGGUCUGUUUGGAA